CAUCAAAUCCUCAUCAUUGUCAACUGUGAUACCUUGUAAAUUACAACUGGAAAUAUGCAGAGCUAAAAAUUGAGAGGCAAAGAAGAAUUAAUAUGGAGAAAUAGGGCAGCCUUGUCUUAUUCCACGCGACAAAUCGUCACAGUGAGACUGUUGUUUACUCGAGAAGUGCUCGGACAAGCUCAGUUGGAUUCGUGGAUGAACGGAUAUGUGAACCGGUUCAUUAAAACGAUCCGACUCACAAAAACGAUUCGGACAUCGCUAAUUGACAGUCAGCGCACCAACCAUACGGGUAGGAACUGCCAUCUAUGCCUGUUCCACUCACCUGCUAUCCUGCCAUAGGCCUAAACGGACAAAAAUAAACGAAUGAGAAAAUACAACCAAGAACGGAGGCAAACUGAUUUUUUCCUUGGAUUGAAAUUGUUACAGUCUUUCCCGAGGGUUCGAAUGGAACGCCCGUAUUUGACAAUAACUGGGACAGGAGCGUUCAAAUGAUUAUUUAAAAUCCGUUUGACGCGCAGCGCCAGUUGUGGUAUUUUGGAGGGGGUGGAGGAGCGAGAGACGGAGGACCGCGCUAGAAACGCAGCAGUGAGAGCGGUGCUAGAGGAAAAAAAACACACACGAAAUAUUCACAGAAUCACCAGGACAAGGGAAGAAACCUAGCGGAUUCAUUCUGAAGAAUAAAAAACGAGAAACUGCGUAUUGCGGGCUGUCCUCUCAUAUUAAAUAAUGGUGUCCACAGUUUUUGCUGUGACACUGUUUGUCACACUGCUACACCUAACUUCAGGUGCCUCUUUAGGGACAUCAGACACUGAGGCUCCUCCCACCGUGACCUCUAGUCCCCGCCCAUUGGGAGAACUCAUCCAUGCUGCACUUCUGAGUAAGGAGUACCUGGGCCACACCCCUAAUAGCAGAGGUACAACUACUAACCCCACCCAGGCCGUCCCGUCCAUCAGAGAAUCAGAACCCUCCUCCACAGUGAUGUCACCAGGAAUCCUCACUACAGCAGUGACCUCAUCGGCUGCACCUCAUGCAGGCCAAUCAGGUUUUGGGAGUGCUGUGACAUCACCACCAGCUGAGGAGGAGACCACAACUACACUAAUUACUACAACAACAAUAACAACAGUGCACACACCAGUUCAAUGCAAUGCCAGCCUGUCAGGAAUGGAGGGAAUAGUCGAGUCCCCUGAUCCGCUCUCAUCCUCAUCCCCCUUUUCCCCAUUGGAGUGCACCUACAGCAUCACGGUGUAUCCUGGAUAUGGGGUUGAGAUACAGGUAAAGAAAGUAAACUUGUCCAAGGAGGAGUCACUUACCAUUCUGGAGCUGGGUGGGACAGCUCCUGAGCUUUUGGCCAAUGAGACACUAAUGAGCGAAGGUCAGGUGAUUCGUAGCUCAACCAAUCAAGUGCAGAUCCACUAUAAGAGUCUGAAGCAAGCCAAUCAUGGUGUUUUCAGCUUUCACUAUCAAGCGUUCCUCCUGUCCUGUUCAUUCCCCCUCUCCCCUGAGGGCGGUGGAGUGACUGUAACUGACAUCCAUCCUGGUGGUCAGGCUCACUUCCAUUGUGAUCCAGGAUUUGAGGUCAGAGGUCAUGAGGUUGCAACCUGUUUGAACUCCACCCGACCCAAAUGGAGCACCCCAGAACCACAGUGUGUGGCUGUAUCCUGUGGAGGAUGGAUUAGAAAUGCUACUGUUGGCCGCAUCCUCUCUCCAACCCUCCCCUCUGCAAGUAACCAUAGCAGUGGUAGCAACCUGAGCUGUCACUGGCUGCUGGAAGCCAAGGAAGGCCAUAGGCUCCACCUUCAUUUUGAGAGGGUGGCUCUUGAUGAAGAUAAUGACAAGCUGAUUGUGCGCAGUGGGAAUAGCUCUACAGCUCCUCUCCUCUUUGACUCGGAUCUGGAUGACGUUCCAGAACGAGGCUUUGUGAGCGAGGGAAUGUCUCUCUAUGUGGAGCUCACAGCAGAUUCCUCCUCCAUCCCACUGCUGCUGGCACUCCGCUAUGAGGCUUUUGAUGGGGAACAUUGUUAUGAGCCUUACCUGCCUCAUGGGAACUUCAGCAGCAGCGACAUCACCUUCCCACUGGGUACUGUAGUAACCUUCUCAUGCUCUCCUGGUUUUGUCAUGGAGCAGGGCUCAGGAGUUAUGGAGUGUGUUGACCCCAAUGACCCUCACUGGAAUGAGAGUGAACCUGUCUGCAGAGCUCUGUGUGGCGGAGAGCUCACGGACCCAGUGGGAACAGUGUUGUCUCCUGACUGGCCACAGAGCUACUCUAAAGGGCAGGACUGUGUGUGGCAAAUACAUGUCAGCGAGGACAAACGCAUCGAAUUGGAUGUACAAAUUUUGAACAUCCGCCAUAAUGACAUCCUCACUCUAUUUGAUGGUCAUGAUCUGAUGUCACAUGUGAUUGGACAGUACCUGGGCUCAAGAGAGAGGUUCAGGGUUGUAUCAGGAGGUUCAGAGGUCACCAUUCAGUUUCAGAGUGAUCCCGAUGACUCUACGUUUAUACUGAGCCAAGGCUUCCUCAUUCACUACAGAGAGGUGGAACCAAAUGACACUUGCCCUGCCCUUCCGCAAAUUGAGUUUGGCUGGAGCAGCUCCUCCCACCCGUCUCUGGUGAGAGGCAGUGUGUUAACCUAUCAGUGUCAGCCUGGUUAUGACAUUGUCGGCUCUGACAUCAUCACCUGCCAAUGGGAUCUAUCCUGGAGCAACAACCCGCCCACCUGUGUGAAAAUCCAGCAGUGCCCUGACCCAGGAGAAGUGGUCAAUGGAGCACGCUCAGUACAUCCGGAGUCUGGUUUUGCUGUGGGAACCGUGGUACGCUUCACAUGUAACCAAGGUUAUCAGCUGGAAGGCCCGAGCCAGAUCUCUUGCCACGGCAGAGACACCGGCAUGCCCAAAUGGAGCGACCGCAGCCCAAAGUGUGUCUUAAAGUAUGAUCCAUGCCCAAACCCGGGCGUGCCGGACAACGGCUACCAGACUCUGUACAAGCACAGUUACCAGGCAGGUGAGACGCUACGUUUCUUCUGCUAUGAGGGCUACGAGCUCAUUGGGGAAGUCAUCAUCAACUGUGUCCCAGGACACCCCUCUCAGUGGAAUAGCCCACCACCCUUCUGUAAAGUGGCCUAUGAAGGGUUACUGGACGAUCAUAAAUUGGAGGUUUCUCAGUCAUUAGAGGCAUCUCAUCAAAUGCUGAGUGAGAACAUUGCAUUGGCCAUCAUCCUGCCAAUCAUUCUGGUCAUCCUUCUGAUUGGUGGAAUCUACAUGUACUACACCAAUGUGUGUAGGUGGCAGUGGAAACCAUUGUUCUGGAAGUCUCUCUCUCACACCCACUCCUACAGUCCUAUUACAGUGGAGUCUGACUUUAACAACCCUCUCUAUGAGGCAGGGGACACACGAGAGUAUGAGGUGUCCAUCUGAGACAGGAGUCUUCAAAUGAAUCCAAAUUGUGGGUGAAUGAAAAGGAGAAGAAAAGGAAGGAUACUGUUAUUUUUCUCUCUUUCCACAAGACAUUCAUUUGUUUUAUUCAGUUAAUUACAACACAUUAAUCCCACUCUACACAGUCUCUCUCUCCUCUCUCUUGGUCGUUUCACUGAUGUUUGUGCUUUACAAGUGCGUGUGCUUGUGAGUUUAUACAGGUGCCUCUGUAUGUUAGCUUGUGUUUACAUGUGUGUGUAUGUUAUUGGUAUCAGAGUAAUGAAGUACUGAAAGUAACAACAAAAUUGUUGUAAGUACAUAUUGUAUGAUUUCUACAGUCAGGCAUGUUUUGUAACAGAAGGCUUUGUGCCUUAAGGACUGUAAAAUAGUGAAGGAUUGAAAGAGAACAAGAAAGUGAGAUGGCAGAGAGAGAGAACGAGAGAGACUUUGACAGAAGUGAGACAAAGUACACAUACGUAUAUAAUCCGAAAUACAGAAACUAUACUCUCAUGUUCCCAUGUUUGUAUACAGGUACAUGGCCACACAUUCAUAUACAUACACAUGAUGACAAGAACAUAUUGAAUGUAAAUAUUUUGAUUGAAUAUUGAGUAUACAAAACAGAUUCAGUGCCAAAAUACAUCCCAUAAUGUGACGCCACUUCAUGUUUCACUGGUUGCCAUAGUAUUUCUCACAUUAUUAUGUAAUAAUGAGGACAAUGCCAGCAUUUCAUAUUGUUCUUUGCUGUUUCUUAAAAAUCUAUUUCUGCUUGAUGUUGAAUGACCAUGUUUCAGAGGAGCGGAAUGUCCUCUCGCUUACGGCACGCAACGAUUGUAUAUUUUACCGCUUCAGCUUAGGAUUCAUGAUCAAUUAUACUUACUGUCAUUGUUAUCAGAGUUGAUGUUGUUGCAUAUGCACUAUGUUGAGGAAAAUAUAUACAGAAAAAAAAACUGCUUGCUGUGAUGCAGUAAUCGAAUUGAAAUGCUUUUUAUAAAUUGCAAUUUUUUAUUUAUUUAUCUCAUGGUUUAUUGUUAAUAUGCAGUGAGUUUCGUCUUUUCCACUGUGCCAUUACCAGAGCCCAUGUUGUGGAGGGCUUUGUUGCAUUAUAGUAUUACUUGAUUGUUAUUUAUUUAUCAACAUAAUAUACUUGUCAUGAAGACAUUUAUUUGCUGAGAUUUAAGAUUAAAUAAAAGUCUCUGUUGGAUGGUGAA